UCUUCGGUUAACCUAAGCUUGUAAUGUCAAAUAUUUUCGGAAGCUAGAAUCAGAAAUAUUGGCCAAUCUAUUAGUGUUUGGGUUUAAUUCUCGAAACCAAAAUGAAUAUCGAGUGUAUGUGUCGUGUUUGCGAAACUGUGCAAGGUUUAAAAAAUAUUUUCGACGAAGAAAACGAGGAAUUGCUUCUGAUGCUGCGAUCGGUGGCUAACAUUUCCAUAACUGCUGAUGACUACCUACCAAAAUAUAUAUGCAAUCUGUGCGCGCGUCGACUACGUUUGUCGUACGAUUUCAAAGUUCAGUGUGAAAUGACUGACCAAACAUUGCGAGAAAUGCUAGCAUAUGCUCCUUUGGUUUCAAAGAACUUAAAAGAGAGUAGCCCUGCGGAAAAUGAGCCAGAAGAUUCAUGGAAACCUAUUUAUAAGACUAAUCUAAAAAUUGAACCAGCCAAUGAGUACAUUUUUAGCUCCUUUGCUAGUUUUGAAGAAGCUAUCACCAAUGAAAAAAUUGAAACGGAUCUUGAGGAUGAGGAAAGUCAAGAAAUUGAAGAAGCUGGAAAUUCAGAGGCGUUUUCAAGUGCAGAUGUUGAAAAACUGGAGGAAUUCCUCAAUGAAGAGACGGAUUGUGAUAUUGUAAGAAACAUAGAGGAAGUGAGCAAUGAAAAAAGCAUUCCACUGGCAAACGUAUUCCAGGAAAAGGAAAACGAGGAAAGCCUCCCGGUUAGCGAAAACAGUCUCAACUUUAUUGAACAAAUAAAUGAUGCAAUAGCAACCAAUACGCAACAAAUGUCGAAUACUCAGAAUCAGGAGAAUGACCCACCUCAGGAAAUUUUUCAAUUUGUCAUAAAUAAAAGUGGAGAAAUUGAAGAAGGUUCUUUCCCACUGGAAGUUACAACUGUCAAUCCUAAUGACACACAGGUAGUGCUCACACUGGAAAAUAACGCUGAGCCAACUCCUGUGGACCCUAACAAAAAGAAGUAUACCCGACGGAAAGUUUCAAAAACCUUCAGUUGUAAUGUAUGUUCAGCAACAUUUACUGAAUAUGCUGAACUAAAUGCUCAUAAAAGGAGUCAUGGACGAUUACGAUUUCAAUGUCAUCUAUGUGAUAAGAGAUUUGCUAGAAGAAACGGCCUGGAAGAUCAUCUUGCAACGCAUGAUGGAAAGAAGGUGCCAUGCCAUUUGUGUGAUAAACAAUGUUCAAAUCGUGGUAACUUAUUUCGACAUAUUCGACAAUGUCAUAAUAAAAUCAAACCGUAUGCAUGUGAAAUAUGCGAAGCGCGAUUUGCCCGUAGGUCUUCAUUAAAGGCACAUGCUAGUUGCCAUACUGAAAAACGAGAACAUGAUUGUGAGAUUUGCGGGAAGAAAUUUAAGACCAUUUUCUACCUAAAGACCCAUAUGAGACUGCACCUGCCACCAGGUGAGCGCAUGCAACGAGUCGCCACACAGAAAAAAAGAAAGGAGCAAGUAUGCAUUUGUCCCCAUUGUGGCAAAAGGUCGACCCAGCUUUCGACGCACAUCACCCACAUGAAAAUCCAUUCAGAUGUGAAACCACAUGUAUGCAAGAUCUGUGGAAAAAGCUUCCAUUUCAAGCAGUCUCUAACAACCCAUAUGCUUUGUCAUACCGGUGAAAAACCGUUUCGCUGUGAGCUCUGUGGAAAAGAAUUUCGACAAAUUGCCCAUUUAUCUACUCACAAAUUGUCGAUACACAGCCAGGAGAGACCGCAUAAGUGUCGCUAUUGUCAAAAGGCAUUCGUCGGUGCUGGAACUCUAAAGAUACAUGAGAGAAUUCAUACAGGAGAGAAGCCUUAUGAAUGCAAAUCGUGUCCCUCGAAAUUUAUUGAUUCCAAUGGUCUAAAAAAACAUGUCAUGCGGGUUCAUUCUAAUGUAGAAGACCAACCUAAAGAUAUCGAUUCAAAUGAUGCAAGUCAGGAUCAACUGAAUAAAUUUGGGGAAUACGAUCAGAGAGCUUUUGUACAAAAUGAGGAUUCUCAAAUAGAUGGGCUGAGUAUAAAUCCUGCUCAAUUGAAUUGUCAGCAAGAAAUCGCCAUAGAUCAAUUAAAUGUCUACAUAGAUGAACUGCAACAUGGGUACACAGAAGUCAUUCAAACUGAAUCUUGACAAAGAGCGUUUUUUAGUAAAUCUCAAGUAAUUUAUUGUAAUAAAAUAUUUCAAGAUGCCUGUUGUUGAUUUGUUUUAUAAUAAAACUUUUUCG